AUACGGAUUAUUAUUAAAAGUUAAUUAUAAAUGCGAGCAUAUGCCAAGCAUAACUGGCUUUAGGGUUUUUCUUAGGGCUCAUGGGAAUUUCACUAGCAGUAGGCAUUCCCGCGGCUCUCAUCCUCGCGGCGGGGGCGGCAUUGCACGGCAGCAUCCGCCAUCGGAUCUUCCUCCUCCCUCUCCUCCACACUUCACUGAUCGGAUUCACUGUAGCCCUCUUCUCCCACCCGGGGAUCAACAAUCCGCGCAUUCUCGCCAAAUCCUCGCACGGCUCCUUCCCGCUCUGGAGCUCCCUCCUCUUCUAUCCCUACCUCGCCGGUACGCGGCUCUACGUCCGAUUCCGCCGGCGCGCGGGCCUCGAGGCCACCUACACGGAGAUUUGCGAUGGAUUGUUCGUGGGCGCGUGGCCAUUCCAGCGCGAUCACAUCCCUCCGGGCAAUCCCGCGGUCGUGGAUUGCACCAACGAGCUACCCAGGACGGUGGGAUUGGAGCUUCCCUAUGUGUGCAUCCCGGCCUGGGAUACCAGAUCGCCAUCGCCGGAGGGCAUCGAGCUAGCCGUGCGCUGGGCUCUCGUCAAGCGCUCCCAGAACCAUCCCAUUCUCAUCCACUGUGCCAAAGGUCAUGGGCGUAGUGUGGCUGUUACGUGCGCGCUGCUGGUGGCAUUGGGCGUGGUGGGCGACUGGAAGGAAGGCGAGAGCCUGAUCAAGAGACACCGCCCACGGAUCCGUCUCAAUGCAGCCCAAAGGAAAUCUCUUCAAGAAUGGCAGCUUCGGCGGUAUUGAUAUGUUAUGUACUGAUGGUCUUCGUAUUUGUUGAAGCUGAACCUUGAAACUGUGUUUUCUCUUCGUGAAAUAUACUUCUCUUAGUACUGAUUUUA